AUGUUUCAGGCCGUGGGGUCUCUCGAUCUCGAAUGCAUCAACAAGCAACAGCCUCUACAGCGAUACGAGUCCGAAGAGGAAGACAUUUCCGAGUCCGAAGUAGGGGGUCAAGACCAUUCAUUCUCGCCUGUCGACUUCCAUCGUUCCGACUCGGACCUGAGUGCCGAUGGGAUGUCCAACGUCGACGAGCCAGACAACUUUCCUCGCCUCGUUUCACUAUGCCAGCCCAUCGACAAAGACUCGAGGCCUGUGUCGAUGACCACCAUCAAGCGUGCUAGCGAUGCUACUUUUGUGGCAGACUCAUAUAUCUACGAUGCUGAGGACGAUAUGAUCAUUGAGCUACCAUCUCCCGAAACCCCUUCACAACUUCCAUCAUCAGCUUUUCUGCAGCCUACCGUCUAUAACCCUCUAGAAUCACAACGAUCAUCGACCUGUCUCUCUUUCCGAUCACCUUCUCCUGCCUCAUGUCUCUCUGAUGAUGACACAGAUGUGCUCGUGGCCGAGCAGGUCAAAUAUGUGGAACCAGUAACUAAACCUAACCUAAUCAUGAUCAGUCCUUCUUCGACACAAUCCGAUUCUACCGAUGAAACACCGUCUGCAGGCAGCGGGAAUCUGUGCCCAAGCAGCACAAGCUCAUCCAUUCAGAAAGAAAAGACCGACAUGGUUUCUUCGCCCCGCCAGCCAACUGCAUCAAAUUGCACAGCAUCAAACAAGCGCAACGCGCUCUAUGAUCACAGCGGAGAUGUGCAACACGCACAAAAGCCCAACCAUUCGGAACCGAUUUACCAAGGAGCAUCAUUAGAGCGGAUGAAUACGAGCGCAGCAGUCAAUUGCCUACCCGUCCCGACACUGCCUCAUCCAGCAUCACGACCACAGUCUAUAUCAACCCCACGCCCUCGAACCUCCAUAUCCGACAAAGUGGCCAACCAUGUACGACUUCCUAGCAAAUCGCUCCGGAGACCGCCAUCACUACGAAGCAUGAGCAGCUUCUCUGCUCCAUUCUGGCAACGACCAUUCUCACCUCGCUUCGAAGACACUCAUUCUAGAUCUAUGUCGUAUUCUCACAGUGUUUACAACUCUGAUGCGACAUCAUCACGGUCUCGACCAUAUUCCGGAACCCCCAGCCAUGCGUCAUACUCCGCGUUCAGCAGACUCCGAUCGGAGUCGACAUACAAUUUGUCCAAUGCAGCAUGCGACACCCCAUUACCCAUAAGGAACCAGACUGUCAAGCACUCCGCAGCUCCGAGUAUCUGGUCAACCAACAGCUUCAGAUCAGAUGGGACAAGUGAAAACAGUCUCGAUGCUUCCGAGCCGACCGAUAACAGCUUUAAGAGAAAGCUCGGUCGGACAAAGACCUUCAGACGGACCAAGCAACAGCAAACAGAGAGCGCAGAGAAGCCUUCUGGGAAGAGCUUCUUGGGACUCCGGCUAGGUGGGAAACGGAAGUCUACUGUGAAAGACGCACAUUUUUGA